CGGCAUCCCGCCCGAGUUCCGGCGACGGCUGUGGCUGACGCUGGCGGAGACUCACCUGCAGCAGCGCGGCGUCAACUGGGCGCAGGCGGAGCGCUGCUGCUUCAACGAGUGGAGCAACCCGGACGACGAGGAGCUGGGCGUGCAGAUCGUCAAGGACCUGCACCGCACGGGCUGCUCGCUCUUCUGCGGCGCCGACGCCGAGCGCAACCAGGCGCUGCUCAAGCGCGUGCUGCUGGCGUAUGCGCGCUGGAACAAGGCCGUGGGCUACUGCCAGGGCUUCAACAUGCUCGCCGCCCUCAUCCUGCAGGUGGUGGACCGGCGGGAGGCCGACGCCGUCAAGGUGAUGAUCUACCUGAUCGAGGGCGUGCUGCCGGAGAGCUACUUCGCCAACAACCUGCGCGGGCUGUCGGUGGACAUGGCGGUGUUCCGCGACCUGCUGCGCCUGCGCCUGCCCGCCCUCUCGCGCCAUCUGGAGGCGCUGCAGCACGACGCCCGCGACGCCGCCACCGGCACGAGCUACGAGCCGCCGCUGACCAACGUGUUCACGAUGCAGUGGUUCCUGACGCUCUUCUGCAACUGCCUCCCGCAGCCGGCCGUGCUGCGCGUGUGGGACCUGGUCUUCCUGGAGGGCAGCGAGGUGCUGCUGCGCACGGCCCUCGCCAUCUGGGACGGCCUGGCCGAUCGCAUUCUGGCCGUGGAGAGCGCAGACGAGUUCUACAGCAUCAUGGGAGUGCUCACGCGGGAAAUGCUGGAGUUCGGCCUCAUGGAUACCAACAAUCUCGUCAAGACGAUCGUGGCGGUGGCGCCGUUCCCGUUCCCGGGGCUGCCCGAGCUGCGCGACAAGUACCUGUACAACAUCACGCCGUGGACGCACAGCGUGCAGUCGGCUGCGCGCAGGGGACUGCGCGGCCUCUUCUACAGCGACGACGACGACGACGAGGAGGAGUCGGAGGAGGACGAGGACCGCAUCGCCGUCGCCGCCGCCUACGGCCUCAGCGCCGUAUUUCGCUCCCCGCGCCGCAAGGCUUUUGCGUUGAAUUUGGGAACGACUUUCAACUUGGACGUCAUCGACUCUCUCUCUGUAAAUAUGUUGAGGAGUGAUCAGGAUAAAGCUGAUGACGACGGAAAUGAGAUGGGGAAUAACGAAGAUGAAGCAGGUAAUGUAAUGAGUGACAGAGAAGCCGAGCAAAUGUGA